AGUGGGCUGAUCCUCACUGUGGACUUCAGACAGGCUUUGGGUUGGUGUUAUUAAAGGACGGCACGAAUCAGCUGGCAACUGGUGUGGUAAUAAAAUGACAUCCUUCAACAAAGUCAAUGAAGUGAAGAGACAGGGAGGGAACAGGAGGCAGCUCCUAGAAGAGCUAAACGAGAAGCGUGAGUCCUACUGUCUGGUGGAAAGAAGCAACCAAGUCAGCCAGCUGAGAGUUCAGAAGAGGCACUUCAGCCAGGCCUACCAGUCCUUAGCUUGCAUGCAUAUCAAAGAACCCGUUCCUGAAAGUGACAGGACCUCCUGGAUCAAUCAGGAUAUCUUUGUGCACAAGGAGAAAAGGCACUUCCCGCCAAAAAAUAACGCCAUAUUUGGAUAAAGUACGUCUCCAGAGACACACAAAUAAACUCUCUUCCAUCAGUC